CCCAGCUGCAUGGAAAUAUUGGCCGAGUUUGGAGAGUUCAUUCCGCCCCUCCCGAAAAGAAUCGACCUUCAAACCUGUGCGAAUUCACGCACGAAACACCUGACGAGCUCAAAGGGAAGCAGCCCAUCCAGGCACUAGUUCUUUCAUGAGCCGACGAAAGCCAGGCUCAAAGCUCCAUGCUAUGAUCGCCGCCUCGACGAUCAUGAUCUUCCCACCAUCUUCCUCAACGUGGGGUUGCAUUCUUUGCUUUUUAGGGUUGCGAUGCAUCCGACUUUGAAUCUGGCCUUUUGGUCAUGAAGAUUUCCCAAUACUCAUGUCUUUCCACACAGUGACGAAACCGAGACAGCAAUGCUGAAUAAUAUGCUCGGCAAAAUCAAGAUAAGCUUUCUGACCCUGGCGGAAGGGCACUGUGGCGAAUAUGCACUAUUUGAUGUGACGAGACACACUACUGACAAGGGCUUAUUCAGCUUACAGUGACAGAAUUUCUCAGUGUUUGUGAGUGCUUCACGCCCAGGUGGAGGAUUUGGAGCUGGGACUUUCAAGCGAAGUGGCGUCGGUGUUAGCGUGCCUCUUUGCAGAUGCUGUGAUGCGAGCCGCUCGUCACUGUCGUGUGGUUCGCCAGCGAUCCCAUGUCCUGCAGCUCGAAAGAGGGCUUGCAGUUCGAAUCAAUAAUGCUCGUGGGCACAACAGAAUGACCAUCGAAAUUGUGAACUCCUUCCCCUCGCUUUUCCACCAAAGUCGAGCGAGACCGAGACACGGAUAUCGCGGAAGUACCCUUCUGGUCGUCCUGCCCGCUGAUGCUUUGUCGGCAUGUCCAAAAAGCCAAUGAGACGCUGUCAACCCGACGAUCCUGCUGCCAGCUUGACGCACGUCAGACAUGAAGUCCUAUUCAAUGCUACUCAUCUGCUGCUCCAAGAGAACCAUUACCACCAUAUGGUGGGGGCGAUGUCAAAUGCAGCUGGACGCCAGAGACAGCACCUGACCUAGCCUGUUUAGGUGUCACCGCCCUUGUUGUACAUCGUCAAGUCCAGACUCCCAGUUGGUCGGUAACCUUCACCGUUCCGGCACUACGACAGGGUUGGACAGUAAUCGUAGCAAUGACUCGGCUUUGCCAAGUUCGAUACCCUUAGCUGCCGCGGAGGUGGGUGGAUCGGGAGCGAACUGGGACAGGCAUUUGAAGCAUGGCCAUUAAACACACAGCAAAUACCCAAGACAACAUUGGCUGUGUCUCACCUGGGUGCGCUCCUCUUACACCUCCUCCCCCCUUCACCCGGCUCUUCAAACUACUUUUCUUCAGUCACUCGGACAGCCUUCUCAGCACCACGAUUAUCCAGGAUUGCAUCUCGGGGAGGUCGCGGGAGGUGCCAGCACACCUUCCAUUCACAUUUCUAGCAUGGCCAAAUCGGCAGAGGCACGAUGGCAUCUCGGCCACUGGGUGCUCCUUUUUUCUCUGCCCACACCAUCGCUCUGCGGUUCCAUGGCAGCUUGGUGGACUGACCUCGGGCCCUCGCUUGUUCUUCAGAAUGCUUCAACCGGCCUCCUCACCUAUUCCUUCUGUAACAGCAACAGCACUCCCAUCUAUCCACAAGAUCCACCAAUCGCUCUCAGGACCACUUACGCCCCCAAAAAGGGAACAUCACUGGCGGCUACUGGCUGGUAUGAUCAAAUCGGGUCGACGUGGGCCUCGGUAUUCUACCAAAACAACAACGAUGACAUUGUCAACGCUGUCUACAAGUGUGACAACAGAACCGGAUUGUACGACCAGCAAGAGAGCAAUGUCAUCUCGGACAGACGAGGGACCCCAAGCCCCCACACGGAUUCAGGAAUCUCCGUCACUUUACUGGGGGAGCAAGAGGGUUAUAGGGUAUUCUACCAUGACAGAUCGAAGGCGCUCCAGUCAUUGCAAUUCAAGUCAACGGACGGCUGGUCUUAUGGAAGUCCGGUAUCGAGCAACACAAAUCGGUCAAGUAUGGAGAUUCAUUCGCAAUUUUCGGGUGUUCGUAACGUCACAGUCGUGACCCCGCGAGACGCUCGAAACAUGGAAACAGCCCGCCUCAACGUGGACAGCACCUACUUCAUCGAUACGUUUCCAACACCACUCAAAGGAGGACUCAACAAUACCAGCGCCUCUAACCGGACUUCAUUUCCAUAUGAUACCUCCGCAACCCCUUCAUUUGAGCUUGAGGCGUGGGAUGGCAACCCAAAAGCAAUCGGAAUUGCUAUUGACACUGACACGACCCGUCACAUUUUCUACAUUGGAACCGACCGCGCGAUCCACUGGAUUGCGGCGUUCGUCUCGGCCUCGGUUGAAGGUGGUUUUCGCGCUCAGGCGUCUCAGAACACCGACGUCUGGCCUUUGGCUGACGAACCAAAUUCCGACUUCACCAUUGCGAGUCACAUCGAAAGCAGCAGCAUUCGACUGUACUAUGUCAGUGGAGGCCGUAUAAUCGAAACGAAGUAUCGUGAUGGAAAUUGGGACCGAGCCGCCCCUGUGGAGAGUGCCAACACGACGAUCAUCGCUGAUGAAGGUGCUGGUGCGGGUGAUGCUGGUCUUACAACGGGAGCGAAGGCAGGUAUUGGUGUCGGGGUCAGUGUUGGUGUCCUUCUCAUCGGCGCAGCAGCAGCAGCUUUUUGGAUUCUUCGAAAGAAGAAAUCCACACCCCCUGACGAGGAGGCCACAACAGCUGCCGACGACACAGUUGCUACGGUUCCGCCCAUGUCUGAGACGGGAAGUCAAGGCGCCUCCUCUCCAACAGCUGGUGUCGCGCGCACCAGUAGCGGACUCAGUGCAGACAAGUGGGACGCUGAAGUCAAGGACAAGCCGCUUACACCUCCACCGAGAGAACUUGAGAGUCCGAAUCUUGCGUCUGAGCUGCCGCAUACCAAUGACAGGAAUGAGCUUCCUACUAAGCAUCAUGUCACGGAGCUACCUUGAUACCUGAGGGAACAAGCUCUAGGAGACAUAUUGAAAGAUAAAGAUAGAGGUGGUAUGGCAUGGCGGCGCAUGGAGUUCGUGGGGAGCAGAUGUGAUAUGUGGAUGUACAUGGUGAUAUUCAAUGAGUCUGGAACCUAUCAUUCUUGCUCACAGUACAAAGUUUUGAUCUGCCGAAAGAUGCUGCUGGUUUAUUAACAAUUUCUUGAUUGCAAUUCUUUUCAAUAGUUCUCCGAGUAGUAAUUCAGAUGCAUUGGGUGAACCUGACUCGGCAAGGGGUUCCCAAUGUCCAACGGAGAAACAGAGAGUAAAAAAGGAAUGAGAUAUGUUUCCUCUGUGCGCUACUGUACCCUCGUUCGAAC